AUGGAGGACCACGUGCUCCUCACGUGCGGUCACCCUCUCAACCUCCCGACAAUUUCCGCCGACGAACCUCUCUCUCCCGAAGUCCUGCCUCCCCUGAGAUCCCUCAUCGUCAACACCUCAACUCCCGGGCCCACAAUCACCUCCAUCCUCGAAACCCUAACUCGCUCUCUCCGACUCAGUCGUGACCCGCUCACCAUCCGGUUCACUCUCAAGCUCCUCUCCGACCUGGCCUCGCGACACCCCCACCUCUCGUCCUUCGUAUUCGACUCGGUCCGUUCCCACCUCCUCUCCACCGAGUCGCCCCGCGUUGCUGCCGACUCACUCGACGCGCUCGCUUCAAUCGUGGAGAGCAACCGAGCCCUAGCUCCCGGAAUUGAAGAAUUGGACGACCGGCUGUUCGCCUCGCUGUGUUUCAGCCCGUCUCGCUCCGUACGGCCGUGGCUGCUCAGAAACGCCGAGAGGUUCGGCGUACAGCCUCAUUUGCUGUUCACUCUGUUUCUAGGGUUUACGAAGGAUCCAUAUCCGAAUGUGAGAAAAGAGGCGUUGGACGGGCUCGUUGGGUUGAGUGAGAACGGUGUGAUCGAGGACCGUGACAUGAUCGAAGGCUGCUAUUUUGGUGCCGUUGAGCUCCUAAACGACAUGGAAGAUUGCGUUCGGUUGACUGCCGUUCGCACGGUGUGUUCUUGGGGUCUAAUGCUCGUGGCGUGCAAUUUGGAGACGAAAGCAUAUUGGUCCGAUGAAGUAUUUGUCAAACUUUGUUCAACGGUGAGAGACAUGAGCAUGGAGGUUAGGGUUGAAGCUUUUUAUGCUCUUGGGAAGAUAAAGUUGGUAUCUGAGGAUAUUCUUUUGCAAACCCUGUCAAAGAGAGUUCUGGUAACCAUAAAAGGAAAGGGAUCUUUUGCUCAGUGCUCUGAUGAACAACUAGAAGUAUCAGGUUCAAGUGUUGCUGGAGCUUUUGUGCAUGGACUAGAGGAUGAAUUUCACGAGGUGCGAAAAGCUGCCUGUCAUGCAUUGAGGACACUGGCCAUACUCUCUGCCAAGUUUGCUGGAGAAGCCUUAAACUUAUUGAUGGAUGUACUGAAUGAUGACUCAAUACUUGUUCGGUUACAAGCUUUUGAAACUAUGCAUCAAAUGGCUACCUUUGACCUUCUGAAGGUGCAAGAAGCACACAUGCAUAUGUUUCUUGGCACUCUGGUUGACAAUGAUAUCCUUAUAAGAUCUUCCGCAAGGAAAGUACUUAAAUUGGCAAAGCUGCCUCAGUUAAAGAUGUUUAGGUUAACUAUUGAUGCCCUUCUAGAAAAUAUGGAAAGAUAUCCACAGGAUGAAGCUGAUGCAUUAUCUGCUUUGUUUCAUAUUGGACGAAAUCAUGGAAAGUUUGUGGUCCGCAUGAUUGAGGAAGUUUCUCCACAGAUGGAGCCAAUUUCUAAUGGAAAGUUGGACUUUGAUAGCAUGAGAGUGGCCGGCUUGCUAGUUCUGGCCAUCUCAGCUCCAGUUUCAGAUGAACGUGAUUGCAAUAUUCCACCUGCAAUAUUUUCUUAUGCAGUAACGUACCUGGGAAGGAUUUCUCAUGCACUGAGUGAUAUUAUCAAUCAAAAUAGCCUUUUGGAUUAUUUGUCUCGGUGCAGUAGAUCCCCAGGACCAUAUGAUGUAGAGUUCAACAACUUCAACUUUAAAGCGGGGGAGCCAUGCUUGCCUUUACUUGAAAAUGAUGGUUCAACCUGUACUAGUAACAAGAUGACUGGUUCAGCUGAAACCUCUGAAAUGGUGUCUCCAAUAAUGGAGCCAAGGGAAGUAGGAACUUCACUUGUAGCAUACCAGCUAGAGGUGCAUGAUGAAGUGACUAAGUUAGUGAAUGUUGUUCUUGCAAGGGCGAAGGAUAUCUGGCCACUUGUACAAUCAGGAUUUGUGAAUGAAGUAAUGAGGACUUUGAGAAGUUGCAAGGAAGAGCUGGCAACAUUCACUUCUGACUCGCUUCCAUCUGCGGGUGUUUUGCCCUUCACGAAGCAAUACGUUCAGAUAAUGAAACUGCUUACAAAGGCAUGGAUGAACUUUCUGCCUUCAGUGCUUUUUCCUCCUUAUGGAAUGGGAGAAUUAGACUUGGUAUUAAGAAAGCUGGACACAAGGCUUAGAGAUCUGAAGAGUACAUUUAUAAGAUUGUCUAAAAGGGAGGAGUUGCAUAUCUUGGAGCUGAUACUAGUGACCUGUGUGCUCAGAUUGUCGAAAGUAGAAAUUUGCUGCCAUCUUCGAACCUUGAGAAAGUUCUCUAGUACGAUGUCACAGGUUGAAUCUCUUCUUAGAGAUGGAUCUCUUCAACCUUCCAGGUUUAUAACUGAACUUGAGAAGUUAUCAUCGGAAACCGGUACCUCUCUCAAUGAAGCUUCCUGUAAUCCCCGCCUUUUUCAAAGUGCACUUGAAAGCUUCUCCCUCAAGCAGCUUGUGUUGAGUGGUGGAAUCAAGCACGUAAACGCAGAGCUGGAUAUACCCGACAACAGCUACGAAAAUCCUCUCCGGUUUGUUGCAGGACUGCCCAUUGGCAUACCCUGCCAUAUCACACUCCAUAACGUUUUGGCCGAAAGUCGGCUGUGGCUGAAGAUGACUGUAAACGAAGACGACGAUUCAACUCGAUUUGUGUUUUUGGAUUUAAACCUUUUCGGAGGCUCCGAAGAUAUCCGGAUCUUUACGUUUAGUCCACCCUUUUACGGAACCCCAAAAGCAUUUUCUUUCACAAUUAAGGUGUGUAUCUGUAUGGAAUGUUUGUCCGAGGUUGAGGAUGUCUCCUCUGUCAAAAGUCGGGGCCCUAGACAUGAACUAACGUAUCUUUGUCGAGAAAAGGAUGUUUAUCUUUCUAUGAUCAAGUAAAAGGAUCGAGUAACUUAUUUUA